GCAUCUGACGAACUUCUUUUACCGCCUUCCCAUUCUACUUUCGGUUUGUGCGAUCUUGGAUUUUGGUAAUUUUCACAAUCUUUUUAAGUUGACAGGUAUCACAUCAUUCCAAACUGUAAAAGCAUCUUCCAAGACAAUUUCAGACUUCAUGGAAGAAGACGUAGCAUCAUAUCAAUCAGAGAUUGAAACAGAUGCCAGACCGGGUACUUCAGAUUCAACAAAGAAAUCUAGAAGUAGUGAUCAACCUCAAACCAUCCAUUAUGAACAUAGAGGUGGAGGUCGAACCACAUUACACUUGGGUACAAUUCCCAACGACAAGCUCCCAAAUAUACAAAUAGGAGAUCAGAAUUUCAUGGUUGUGGGAGAUCAUGGUGCCUCAAGUUCAAAAUGGAAGAAAAAAGCUAAGAAAAAGGACAGGAAGAAGAUCGAAGCACCUGACAGAGCAAUAACAGAUGAAGAAUGUGAUAAACUGUCAGAGAAUUUGGGACGUGAUUAUAAAAAGUUCUGUCGACGGUUAGGUUUCAAAGAGGUUCAGAUUGAACAAGUAGAAAUGGACUACAAAGAUGAAGGGCAUUAUGAAAUUACUUACCAACUUCUCAGGAAACUGAAACACAUGGGAAAAGACAGACUUCAAGGUGUUGUGGAUGCCUUACAGAGUAUAGAUAGAGAUGAUGUUUUGGAGGAGUUGAAUAUUACAUAGAUUUUUUUUUUAAAAGUUUAUAAAUUAUUUUGAAUAUAGCAAUUAAAAUUAUUUUAUGUUGUACAUAACAUAAUUCCUGAAAUACCACUGUGAUGUUAAU